AUGGGCUGGAGUCACUGCAAUGCCACGGUGGAGCACGAGAAGAUCAACGAGACGGAACUUUGGAGUGGCGGCCUCACAUUCCACCAGUUGAGUCUGGUGAUAGGCGGAGUGUGUGCCCUGCUAGCCUGUAUCGUCUCAAUCUUCCUUGUUAUGAGCCAUGCCAUGCACUACAGCAAAGCGAUCCACCAGCGCCAUAUUAUUCGAAUCCUUUUCAUGGUCCCUAUAUACUCGAUCGUCGCAUGGCUCAGUAUCCUCUUCUACAACGAUUCCGUCUACUUCGAGGUCCUCGGUGACUGUUACGAGGCGUUCGCCAUUUCCUCCUUCUUCUCCCUUCUAUGCGCCUACAUUGCACCCGACUUACAUAGCCAGAAAGACUACUUUCGUGGGAUUCAACCGAAGCCUUGGGUUUGGCCGUUGAACUGGUUUCAGAAGUGGGCAUGCUGUGGCUCAAAGCGCGGGGCGUGGCGCAACCCACGUAGUGGGUUGACUUGGUUCAAUGUGAUUUGGGCCGGAAUCUUCCAAUACUGCAUCAUUCGGGUGCUGAUGACCAUCGUUGCGGUCUCGACUCAAGCUACUGGACGAUAUUGCGAAGAGUCCUUGAGUCCGGCCUUUGCGUAUAUCUGGGUCGUCGUCAUCGAAUCCGUCAGUGUCAGUAUUGCGAUGUAUUGCCUGAUUCAAUUCUACAUUCAGAUCAAGGAUGAUAUCAAGGAGCACAGUCCUUUCUUGAAGAUUCUCUCCAUCAAGCUGGUCAUCUUCUUGUCUUUCUGGCAAUCGGAAGUCAUCAGCUUGUUAAUGUCCAGUGGCAUCGUCUCUGGAUCCAAGAAGGUCAAUACUAUCGAUUUGAAGUAUAGCUUACCAGAGCUCUUGAUCAACAUUGAAAUGUUUAUCUUUGCAGUCUUGCACUUGUGGGCCUUCCCCACAAAGCCCUACAUCAUCUCCAUCCAGGGGCAAGAAGUAACCGACUACUACGGCAAUGGCAAGGGAAGCUAUGUGGGUGGACGUUGGGGUAUCAAGGCCUUAGCCGAAGCAAUGAACCCACUUGAUUUGGUGAAAGCCGUUGGACGUGGCGGACGCUGGUUGUUCGUUGGCCGCAAGAACCGCAUGCUGGACCCUAGUUAUCGCCAAACAUCGACCGACUCAAUUGGCCUUCAAACCCCUCAGAAUGGAGCUACUACACCAGGAGCUACUUAUGAGAGUGGAGCUGAUAUGUCAGGUGGUCGACGUUACGGUACCCCACCAUACGAAGAGGGCGCAGUGCUUCUUGCGCACGCUCAAUCAAACCCCGAAGCAGGUCCCUUGGGCAAUUCUUACGCAUCCGAUGCUGAGGAGUAUCUUGCUGGACAGUCCGGGUCUCGCUAUUACGGCCAGGCUCCGUCACAUUACAUGCCACCCGAACAGCCAGGUGCCGUUUACCAUCAAGAUACUGCUUACCACAGCACUGCAUACGACUUUCAUGCCCCCGAUACAAAUACAAACCACCCUUACCCAUCGUACGAUGGUCCUCUCCGUGAACAAGUUCCUAUGCCUAUGCCUGAUCCAUACCGACCUCCACCACCGUACCCUGAAAGUCAUCAUGAGUUGUAA